UAAAUAGCAGGAGAUUUCAUGUAAUCAUGAACGCUUCUGGAAUGGCAGUUCAAACUAAUAUACUGCAUUUUCUGUUUUCCAGGUAAACAGUGGGGGAAAAUACCAUCAAAACCAAAGAAGAUUUAACUGGAUUUGUUUCCUUCCUUGGCAUACACGUGGGGCUUCAUAUCAGGAAACCAUGAGCCGCUUUACUCAAAUGCUGGGAAACUGGAUUAGUUUUCCUUCCAUGGAAGAAUACCUGAGCUCAAGGACUUACUCUUGGUGGUUGAGUAUGCUUCUGAUUUUGCCUUGUUCAAUCAUUAUAAUGACGUAUUUGUUUAUCUGUGCAAUCUCAUUUUUGCUAUAUGUCCACAAGAAGAGGAAUAACAGGCAAGAAACUGAUUUUGAUACCAAAUUUUGGAAAAAGCCAAAGCAAAUUACGUUUCAAGUUUUAGAUAUAUUUGGAAAGAUAUGGCAUGGUUAUGAAGUUUUUGGCAUGGAACAUCUUCCUAAAGGACCAGUGCUUAUUAUCUUUUAUCACCCAGUUUGUACUAUUGACUAUUUCUUCCUUAUCGCUAGACUUUUCAAGGAGACAGGGAGAGAGUGCUUUUCAAUAUGUGAUCAUGCCAUAUAUCGGUUUCCAGGGUGGAAGACGGCUUUAGAUGCGGCCGGGUUGAAAGAUUUCAAUAAAGCUGAAUGUGUGGAAAUUUUGAAGAAAGGCCAUUCACUGGGCAUUGCCCCUGGCGGAGGUAGAGAAGGAAACUUCGGUACUGACUACAACAUAAUGUGGGGUAACCGCACAGGUUUCGCUCAGAUAGCUUUGGAGGCAAAAGUGCCCAUCAUCCCUAUAUUUACACAAAACAUUUGUGAAGCAUACAGGAACAUUGGAAAGUCAAGGUUGACAAGGUGGUUAUAUGAGAAAACAAGACUUAUCUACCUUCCCGUAUAUGGAGGAUUUCCAGUGAAACUGAGGACAUAUAUUGGAGAACCCAUCCCAUAUGAUCCAAAUAUAACAGCUGCAGAGCUGGCUGAAAAAACAAAGACUGCAAUUGAAAAUCUUCGGGAUAAACACCAAAAAAGGCCAGGAAAUAUAUUAAGAGCUCUUUCAGAACGAUUUGAUAAGCAUUACAAAGCUGACUAGUCCAUAUAAAGCAGUUGUAAUGUUUAUGAUCAUGCAUCUGU